UAGUUAAAAACUUAGUGAUACAAUAGAUUCUUCGUCUAAUAUUGCACUUCAAACCCUCGUCGAAGGGGAGAAAAAAAAUAAAAAAUUCAAAAUUUCUCGCCAAUCGGCCUUAAAAUCCUCACGGCCGUCUCGUAAAAAUCUCAUAUUGAUAAAGACUUCAAUUAUUUUUUCUCGCGCCUGUUCGAUUGGCGCUGUAAAUACUGUAAAUUUCCAGGUUUUGAGCGGCUCUCUGAGGAUUUCUGGCUUGGCAUUUUGUAUAGUAUCGUGUAGUGAUCGAAGCAGAGCACGAGAAAAGAAAAACAGAAAAUUUCUUUGUUAGGGUUUUAAUCCCGUGGAAUUUGUUGUUUAGGGAUAAGGGGAAACAGGCCUCAUUAAUUUUUUUUGCUAGGGUUAGGAGAUGGACUCUGAGGACGAUAUGCAUGACGCGAAUGACGGCUAUGACAGCGAAGGCUUUGCGAUGGACGAAGACGAGGAAGACAAUUAUUUAGAGGAGGAAGAAGAAGAUUACGGCUUUGUUGAGAAUUGCACCGAUGAUGAUUCUGAUGAACAUAUCCCUAUUUCUCGCCGUCCUCAGAUGUACUAUACCAUUUUAAGUGAGCAAGACAUUCGUGAACGCCAGGAAGAGGCUAUAGAAAAUGUUUCCUCUGUUCUCUCUAUCUCUAAAGUUGAAGCAGGCAUUCUUUUGCGUCACUUCAAGUGGAGUGUUAGUAAGGUGAAUGAUGAAUGGUUUGUAGAUGAGGCAAAAGUGAGGAGAGAGGUAGGGCUGUUGGAAAAGCCAACUGUAGAGGUUAAGCCAGAUGUAAAUGAGUUGCAAUGUGGGAUUUGCUUCGACACGUACUCCAAUGAUAGAAUGAAAGCAGUUUUUUGUGGCCAUCAUUUCUGUAAAGGAUGUUGGACAGGCUAUAUUCACACCUCUGUUAAUGAUGGACCCGGAUGUCUUUCUUUACGAUGUCCAGUCCCAUCAUGUGGUGCUGCUGUUGAUGAGAAUAUGGUGCUUUCUUUGGUCUCUGAUGAAGAUAGAACAAAAUAUACACGAUACCUACUCAGAUCAUAUGUUGAAGACAAUAGAAAGACCAAAUGGUGUCCUGCUCCUGGCUGUGAGUACGGUGUUGACUUUGUCAUUGGAAGUGGGUGCUACGAUAUUACUUGCAAAUGUUCAUACAACUUUUGCUAUAAUUGUUCUGAGGAAGCUCAUCGUCCAGUUGAUUGUGAAACAGUAGAAAAAUGGAUUCUUAAGAACAGUGCAGAAUCAGAAAACAUGAACUGGAUACUCGCUAAUUCAAAGCCCUGUCCAAAGUGUAAACGCCCAAUUGAGAAAAAUCAAGGUUGCAUGCAUAUUACUUGUACACCUCCAUGUAAAUUUGAAUUUUGCUGGCUUUGCCUUGGUGCAUGGUCAGAACAUGGGGAACGCACAGGUGGCUUUUAUGCCUGCAAUCGAUACGAAACUGCAAAGCAAGAAGGAGUUUAUGAUGAAUCUGAGCGGAGAAGAGAGAUGGCGAAAAAUUCAUUGGAGAGAUACACCCAUUAUUAUGAGCGAUGGGCAACCAAUGAAUCAUCUAGGGCCAAGGCACUUUCAGAUUUACAGCAUAUGCAAGCUGUUCAGAUUGAGAAGUUAAGUGACAAGCAGUGUCAACCUGUUUCACAGCUGAAGUUUGUGAAUGAUGCAUGGUUGCAGAUAGUUGAAUGUCGGCGUGUGCUGAAAUGGACAUAUGCAUAUGGGUAUUAUCUUCCAGAAAUUGAGUAUACAAAAAGGCAAUUCUUUGAGUACUUGCAAGGUGAAGCUGAAUCUGGUUUAGAACGACUUCAUCAGUGUGCUGAGAAAGAAUUGCAAGGUUAUAUUGAUGGUGAAACUUCUGUAAAAGAUUUUAAUGAUUUCCGCACAAAGCUUGCUGGUCUUACUAGUGUAACACGUAAUUAUUUUGAGCAUCUGGUUCAAGCUUUGGAGAAAGGUUUGUCUGAUGUAAAUAAUACACAAGCUGGAGCUAAAGGCAGCAGUUCUAAAGCCUCUGCCAGCAGCAAAGUAAGAGGGAGAUCAAAAAGGGGUACAGAUGACACUAAGCACUGGUAUUGAGAUGAAGUCUACCUUGUAGGAUAUGUGUUAAAGUUCAGAUGACCUUGGGAGAAUGUCUUUCCUUGGUUCUCUUCAAGUUGCAUGUGCGAUUUUUUGUGGCACCUGUAAAUCUUUGGUGUUGUAUAUCUGCUGGUGUUGUUGACCUUAGCCCAAUGAAUACAAUAGUGUAUUGGGUAGGGGCAAACAUGGAUAUUUUAAGAUAUCAUUCAAGUAUAGGAGAAGCAGAUGACGUCAGUCACUGUCCAAGGUGUUAACCGAGUGUAUGGCGGUUUGUUGUCAUAAACUGUGUGUUUAUGGCUGGCCAUGGUGAAAUGGGCUUUUAAUUCUUCCUUCAAUUACAGAUCACUCUUGUUGUAUAGGCUGGUAGGCUGUGAUGUGUAAUCAGUUUUCAGGUCUUAAUAGCAAUCCAAAACUUAUUGUUAUAAUGAUGUUCAAGUAUUUCUUUUGUCAAGUGAAGCAUGAGAGAGGUGGUGUUGCUCUGUAACCAAAAGGAAUCUCUAUGCUCAUUUGUAUGCGGUCUUACGGAGCACUGUUCUUCAAACAAAGAAAACAACUGGUUUGUAAUGUAACUGGACAUUUUAUGAAUCUUAGUCAGUAUAAUCUUUUGCAGCAGAACAUGUUUCCUGUAAUAUAUUUAUCAUAAAUCCACACUUGUUGCUUGGAUGAAUGUGGAUGAGCUUUAUUAUC